GCUAUCUUAAUAGGCGAUCACCUGAAAUCGGACAAUAAGAUUCGCGAUGAGUAUGGCCCUUUGACCUUGCAUUAGCAUUUUCAGCUCCUCCAUUCUUGCUGCUCAUUGCUGUCAGAUGUGUUAUGACCGUUCAUUUAGGUGUUGCCCUAUACUGCAUCCGGGACGACGCAUCCAUACUUUCAUUGGGUCCUCGUGACCACUGAAGCCAUCUCCACUCUCCUUGACCCAUACAUUCGAGAUCAUUCGUAACGUCGAUGUCUGUCAACGGUCUGCCAGGGCGUUGGGAAACGAGAUUCAAAGCGGCCAAUUUGGGGAACUCGACAGCUUUUUACUGGUAUCGCAGAGUUCGGAUGGGCUCCAUCAGGGAGGUGAUCGAGAGCCAUCCGGAAACGGACGAUAGUUGGAGAAUACAGAGACCGACUGGAUGGUCAUGCGCCACUUGGGUUUUUUUGCGUGUCAUGAUCACCUGGGAGGAGAUGGCGAUAUUUGAUAUUCCCGACGGCCUCACACCAGAGAUGCUGUACGAUAGCAUUCUAGGAGAAGGGUAUAGAUUCAUGAUGGGGAAUAUAUCCAGCAAUCCCUUAGCUGUCGUCCAGUUGGUACUCGCUGGCAGAUAUGUGAAGUCCCAUGAUUCGCGUGGAAUUGCCGUGGCUGAAGCUGGGAAUGCAAUCUUAGACUGCUAGUGAAUUGCUAGAGGGUACUUACCUCUCAGUCGAGAGACCUUGGCUGCUCUUCCUGAUAUUCUUAAAUGACA